AAGGAUCUCAGCAGGCAAGUGGUGCCAUCAUUUCAAACUUACUCUCACGUAACAGUUAACCAGAGCUCUGAAGUUGCGGAACAAACACUGAUAUCCAUUCAAGAUUUACAAAUCAUGUCUAUGCCUUUCCGAAAGGACUUUGAAAAGUACAAGAAUAUAAAUGAGGAUGAAAUUCUUAACAAAUUAUCAGAAGAUGAAUUAAAGCAGUUGGAAAACGUCCUUGAGGAACUGGAUCCCGAGAAUGCAUUAUUGCCAGCUGGUUUUCGACAGAAGGACCAAACAACUAAAGAAGACUCUGGAGCAUUUGACAGGGAACAUCUUUUGACUUAUUUACAGAAGGAGGCAAUGGCGUAUCAAGACAGAGAGGACUAUGUGCCAUUUACAGGAGAAAAGAAAGGCAAAGCAUUUGUUCCGAAAUACAUGCCAAUCGAAAGCAAGCCAGAGGAACAGCUGACCCUGGAGCCAGAACUGGAAGAAGCACUGGCAAGUGCCACAGAUACAGAACUUAAUGACCUUGCAACUGUCCUUGGAGUGCAGCAUUUUGUCAGCAGAUCCCAAGGAAGUGAAGAUGGCAACAGAGAUGGAAUUCAUAAAGAGCUCCUAAAAAAUGUUGUCAAAGCAGAAAAGGUAAAACCUGUAUUUGAAGAACCUCCGAAUCCUACAAACGUAGAAGAGAGUUUGCAACGGAUAAAAGCCAAUGACCCAUUCCUCCUAGAUGUCAACUUAAACAAUAUCAAGAAUAUCCCAAUACCAACACUCAAGGAGUUUGCAAAGGCUUUAGAAACAAACACCCAUUUGAAGACAUUCAGCCUCGCAGCUACUCGUAGCAAUGAUCCAAUUGCCAUUGCUUUUGCAGAAAUGUUGAAAGUGAACAAAAGUUUGAAGAGCCUUAAUAUAGAAACAAAUUUCAUAACUGGAAGUGGAAUUCUGGCACUUGUGGACGCUCUCAAGGAGAAUAAGACACUAAUAGAGAUUAAGAUUGCUAACCAGAGACAGCAGCUGGGAACUGCGGUAGAAAUGGAAAUUGCUCAGAUGCUUGAAGAAAACACGUCAAUUGUUAAAUUUGGAUAUCAGUUUACACAACAAGGACCAAGGACCAGGGCGGCGACAGCCAUUACAAAGAAUAAUGAUUUAGUUCGGCAAAGACGAGUUGAAAGAGAGCACCAGUAAAAGAAGGAAUGAAGAACUGAAAGAGCGGCCAUGUGUCCAGGAAUGUGGUGAAGAAAGAGCAUGCAGGAUUGUUCAUGAGACUAUAAAUGCAUUUUAUUGUAGUUUACAAAAACCUUACUCAUUGGUACAACAAGGACAAACAUGAAAAUAAUAUAUUACAGAAGACGUCAGCUGCUCAUUUAUAUAGAAUUAUUUUAAUCGUGCAUUUGUGUUUUGACAUAAAAAAGCAUGACUUUCUCCCCAAAAUAAGUGGUUCCCUCAUUUCUCUUGUACUGAUAUGAACAUUGCCAAGUAUAAGAUACUAGUGUGAUGUACUGUGUUAUUAUAUAAAAUGUACCUGCACACUCAUGUAUGUAUGAUAAAUCCCAGUCUGUAAAGUAAUAUGAACCCUAACUGUUUAAAUGAAAGCAAAGAGGGUGUCACCUUUUUGCUUGCAGUUUGCACCAAGUUGAUCUUUGUGUCAGAAUUUUAGCAUUUGUGAUGCAGCACAUCCCCCAUGUUUCAACACUUUUUUUUUUUUUUUUUUUUGUGAUAAAUGUGAUUUACACAUAAGUGUGCAUAUUACUUGAAACUACAGGGCAUGGACUAGCAAAUGAAUCCUCCAGUACCAUGCAUUGUGUGCCAAACAAGAUGGAGGAUAAAGAGGUGUGUAUACACCACAUCUGGUGCCACGUACUAUGUGUACAUAUAUGGUGCUUUCAUUUUAGAGCAUAUUAUCCAAUGGUAGUAAAGUAAUACUAAUGAGUGCAGUUGCUCACAACAAUAACCACUACAUGGAUAUAUGUGAGCAUAGAAUCACAAGGCCUAGGUAUGCUACAGAUUCUUCUAAAUAUACUGUAAUUAAUUAGUUCAUUUGAAUUCAAAAUACAAAAAUGUAUUUUAAAGUUUUUUCGUGGGAAAAUAUUAGCACCUAUAGCUGUAUUGGUGGACUGUGAUGUGCCCUACAAGCAUACGAACAUUUUAUUUAUUUAUUUUUGUUAGUGAAGGAGCAUACAUGUUACAAAAGAAAACUUGUGGAAGAACUCCCAUUAAUUUGAUUCUUUCAAAACUGGUUAAUUCAUUGAGAAAUUAGUCAAGUUAUUCCUAACCAAUUUUAAUGGGACAAUUUUAAUAUAAAACCAAGAUUCUCUAAAAUAGUUUUAUUUUUAUACAAAUUACUUUUUUUUAACUGUGUUUAGUUUCUUCAAAAUGGUUAAACACAUACACAAAGCUGUAUCCUUGUCUAGAAUGGCACAGGACCACAAUGUUCUCUAUGUAUUUAACCAGUUUGCUGGAGCUAAAUGCACAAUAACAAAUACAUUUGUGUCAAAAUAAAAUAUUUUAUUGUAUUUACACUACAAUGUCUGCUAAAUAAACUAUUAGGCCACAUUGAUUAAAAGUUAUGUGACCUGAUGCUAUCCUAUGAAGUCUUCAUGAAGGGUACUCCACUCUAUUCCCUUGGAUUACACCCAGGAAAGAGUGGAAGAAUGGUCUGUCAUGUUAUCAUAUAUAUCUUAAAGAUCACAGCUAAAAAUCAUGUGGCCCUUAGCCUUAUUUACAGUUGUACUCUGAUCUGACUGGAGAUAACAGUCAUUACAGAGAAGGAAAUCAAUAAAUACUUGUUUAUGGAAAAGGGACCAUUUUAACACUCUGAAAAGUCUAUGUACAUUUACCUGGUAAUUGGGUGUUCAGGUACUGUAUAUGCUCUUUUACUUCAAAUGGUAGUUAUCUUCAAACAGGAGUGAACAACCUGAAACAAAACAAAUGGCACAUUUAUUAUGUAUUGCUAAAUAUUAGGCUGCUAGUUAAGAGUAGUGGAGUAUUUUAUUUUGUAAAUGAUCUUAAAAUACUGGGUUAUCUAAUUCUAAUUAAACGUUUUUCAUCUGCAAAAUUCAGGGCACUGCUGAUACAAAACAACUGCAACAGUGCUAAAAUGAGAGAAUUCUAUUGGAUUUUUUUUAUUUUUUUUGUAAGAACUUUAAUAUUUUAGGAAGAACAACAAAAUUUACAAUAACACAACCAAAACAGUAAGAAGAACACAUUUGCAUUACAUUAAAUCCUACUGCAUGUUAACAACAGUUUUCAUGCUGCAAACAAAAUAUAAAAAUGUAUUGUAAGGACUUUGAGAUGAUUUCUGAUAACAAGGAAAACAUUAAGAAUAUAAUCUUUCUUAAGUAAUCUGAACCAUGGGACCAUGGUAUUCUAUCAACAUAUUAUAUUUGUAAUUUUGGAAAUGAUAUGCACACACAAUAUUUUAUUACAUAUAUGCCCUAUUUAAGAUGUGUAAUCUCUAUGUGGUGUUUCCACACUUUAAAUAUAUGUAGCACUAAACAAUAAAUCCAAAAAUUUCCAGGUGCUUACAAGAAAAAAAACAUUUUUUUAUGAAAAUGCAUAAAAGGUAAAUAAUAACUAAUUUCUUUGUUAUACUGACAAUGUUAUUUGUAACUAGGGCUGGUUUACAUGCUCAAUAUGGGACUAAUUAUGUUACUGCUUUUUAAUUUAUAGUGUACAUAAUGUAUGGCUGUUUAAUUACAAUUGUUUAUUUUUAGUCGCACCAUUAAAACUAUGACAAUCUG